AUGUCGAGAAGAACAGGCCCAUCGGCCCCCGCUGCGCCAACCUCCAGCCGCCAGAACGAGUACUUCGUUCCCAGAGAUGGCAUCGACCGCGAAGUCAUCACCGCCGACAUCUGUCGCUAUCUCGGAAACGAUGCGCUCGUUCGACCUGGCACGUAUGAGAACCCUACCACGGGGCAGAUCAUCCAGGGCUACUUCAUCAACGCGUACCGAAAUCUGACAACAGCCAUGAUUGAGGAUCUCAAGGCAGACUCUGCUCGGUGGGACCAAGAAAGGCGGCAACACUCUGCGCAGCGCAGCACCGCCGGAGGUACUAUGGCCUCGAGAGACGCGAAUAGCAUGCUUGGCAGACAAUCUAACUCCCCUGCAGUCCAGUACAGAAACUCAGAGACGCAUUCGUCUCGGCAGUAUUUUGGACCUUCCGACAGCGCAGCAGGCUAUACGCAGCAGCAGGACCCCCGGGACCAGUAUGACAACUCUGGCCCCAGAUAUCCUGGAACUGGCUCUGCGGGUUACACUGGCGCCUCUAGUGGAUCGUUCCAGCCUCAAAGCUACGGUGGCCAGUCCGGCUACGGUGCUCCUCAGAACUAUCCUGCGCAGUCCCCGCCUCAUCAGCAGCAACCUGGUAACAUGCCGCCGUACUCUGGACACCCCCAGGUUCCUCAAGGACAAUUCUCCCAGCAAGGACAGUACCCGCCAUACCAGGAUGUAGGAGCGAACUCCAUGGUUCGGCCCGGCCAGAAUGUUGACACGCAGAUGGGUGGCUACGACCAGUACCCUCCUCGGGACCCUCGGGACUCGAGAGGCGUCCCCGCGCCGACAGUACCUGUGACACGGGCAGGUUAUGCUACCAGUGGCCCGCCUCAACCCCAAGGCUACCAGGCAACGGGAGGCGCUCCUGGCUACUAUCCGCCGCCGGGAUCUUCUUCAGGACCACAAAGCUUUGGCGGUGCUCAGCCACAUGAUCCAUUCUACGGCCGAGGUGGCUAUCCUCAGGACACACAACAAUACGAAGGUACUCCAGCCCCAUCGCGGACUCCUACGUCAACUACAACAGCAACUCAGGUCCCUCCCACAGCCCCCUCCAGCUCCCACCGCCGUGAGCGGGACUCGCGCGAAAGUGUCGAGCGUGCAGACGCCAGGCACCGCCAUGGUUCCGAAAGGCAUACGUCCGAACGCCACGGCUCCCGUCGGGCGAAUUAG